AUGGCAGCCGAAUGCUGCUCUGCGGGCGAAACAUCCGGACUGGCCAAUACUCUCCAAAGCCAUGUGGACGACAUUCGAACCUUAAUUCAAUGCGGAAUUUGUAUUCGACCACUCUAUGAGCCUUUUACUCUCGCGUGUGGGCACACGUUUUGCUAUUCAUGUCUAUCGUCAUGGUUCGCAGGAGGAAGAUCAAAGCGAACAUGUCCCGAUUGUCGAGCACCCGUCAAAUCGCAACCGGCACCAGCGUAUCUGGUCCGGGCGGUCGUGCAGAUGUUCACAGCUCGCGCCGAGCUUCUAGACAAAGGUGAAACGACCAUGGAGCAUAUAAAACACCGACAAGAAGAAGCCGGAAGACUUGAGGAAGACAAGGCGAAUAACCAUCCAACGCAAGGUGGUCUAUUCGGUGGACUUUUCAAACCCAAAGUUCCCCCUCUCAAGCCCGUCAUCGACAUUGACGAUGGGGUUAUGCGAUGUCCGCAUUGUUCAUGGGAACUCGAGGAAGGAGAGCAAUGUGCUAAUUGUGGCUAUCGAUAUCGCCCCGGGUCCGAAACAGACGGGACAGAAUCAAGCGAUGAAAAUGACAGUGGUAGCGACGAUGAUUCAGAUGGCAUGGAUGACGAUGACUCCGAGGACUCCGAGGACGAUUCUGAAGAUAUUGAAGAUGCUGCGAAUCGCGUGUGGGGAUCGGUUACAAUCUCUUCCAAUGGUGUCGAACUUGGAUCGCACCCUUUGCGAGGAGCCUUUCCGAGCGAGUUCCGCACGGCAGGUGAAUUUGCCUAUCCUAUUCCAGAAUACAGUGUACCUUAUGAUCCGAACGCGUUUGAUUACGAAGAGGACGAGGACGAGGAUGAGAAUGAGUACGAUCACGAAGACUCUUUCAUCAAUGAUGGAACACAGAUCACAAGUGGCGACUACGAAUCGGACUCGGGUCAUUCUACCGUUGUAACUAGUUCUCAGCGCAAUGAACGUCCCAUUCUAUUCAACCAUCACACAGAUGGUGAAGAUGACUCCGAAUCCUCUUCAGGGGAAGAGGAAGACUCGAACUCAGACUCAGACGACUCAGAAUUAUCCGACGAAGAUGAUAUCCGGGCUGUGCCUGCUCGACAGGCGUUUGGCAACACACGUCAGUCUACUUGGUUGAUUCCCACCUCUCCAUGGAUGCAUAGGAGGCAAGACGCUCCUACACCCUCUGCCGAGACCAUUGACUCAGGCUCGGGAUCUGAGGAAGAAGAGGAAGAGACAUCUGAUAGGUCAGAACCUCCGAGCUCAUCGCCUCCUCCAGCACCCAGCCGACCUAACACGGUUCGCGGGCUUUCCGCUCGCAAUGCGAUUACCCUUGAUGAUUCCGAUGACGAACAACCCAUUGGCCCAGUGAGAAGAAAUACCCACAGACGGCGUAACAGAUACUCCCCAUACUAA